AUUUGAAUUAAUACACGGGUUUACAAUUAGUCUCGCACGAUGCGUAUCUUAUUUUUCACGAUUUUGUGCCUUUCCACGAUCGCUUGUAUAGCGGCAGAGAUUAAUUUUGUCAAAGGUCAACGUAAGGAGGGCGAUCAUGUUAUAGCUAAUAGAACUAUUUACAAGCCUGCAAUUCGCUGGAAGCCUAUGAUAGCCACAAUCGGUAUUUCAACUCGAUCACACAAUGAAUUUAUCAAUUACGUUAAUAUCAGUAGUAUAUUCGGCAGAAAAAUCAAAUACAGGGAGCUAAAAGGUGGCAUCGACAAACAAUAUCUAGUAGUAAAAGCCAAUGGACAAUUUGGAGAGGGAUUAUAUUUACACGUGGAAGCUUUUGCCAUACAUGUUCCCAAUACAUCCAAACAUGAAAGCAGCAACACAUCUGACAAUAAAAGCAGCAGCGAAUCCGACGAUAAAAGCAGCAGCACAUCCAAAGAUAAAAACAGCAGUACAUCCGACAAAAGCAACACAUCUGAGGAUAGAAACAGCAAUACAUCAAAUGAUGAAAGCAGCAAAACUUCCGACAGCAAUACAUCUGAUGAUAAAAAUAGUAAUACAUCCAACAAUGAAAGCAACAAUUCAUCUGAGGAUAGCAGCAGCAACACAUCCAAAGAUGAAAGCAGCAAAAGUUCCGACAAUACAAACAGCAGUGCAUCUGACGAUAAAAACAAUUCAUCACAUGAUGAAAAUGAUAACGAUAAUGGAAGUAGCAGCACAUCCAAUGAUGGAAGCAGUAGUGCACCUGAUGGUGGAAAUAACAGUGCACCCGAUAGUGGAAGCAGCAGCGCAUCCAAUGAUGGAAGCAAUAGUGCAACUGAUGAUGGAAACAAUAACGCAUCCGAUAGUGGAAGCAGCAGUGUGCCCAAUGAUGGAAAAAACAGCGCCCCUAAUGGUGGAAGCAGCAGCUCACCUAAUGAUGUAAGCAAUAGCGCACCUGAUGAUGGAAGCAGCAGCGCACCCAAUGAUGGAAGCAACAGUGCGCCUAAUGGUGGAAAUAACAACACACCCGAUAAUGGAAACAGCAACGCACCCAAUGAUGGAAGCAGUAGUGCACCUGAUGGUGGAAACAACAGCGCAUCCGAUAGUGGAAGCAUCAACGCACCCAACGACGGAAACAAUAGCGCACCUGAUGGUGGAAACAACAGCGCACCCGAUGAUGGAAGCAGCAGUGCUCCCAAUGGUGGAAGCAGCAACGCACCCAAUGAUGGAAGCAGUAGUGCACCUGAUGGUGGAAACAACAGCGCAUCCGAUAGUGGAAGCAUCAACGCACCCAACGACGGAAACAAUAGCGCACCUGAUGGUGGAAACAACAACGCACCCGAUAGUGGAAACAGCAAUGCACCCAAUGAUGGAAGCAGCAGCGCACCUGAUGGUGGAAACAACAGCGUACCCGAUAGUGGAAACAGCAAUGCACCCAAUGAUGGAAGCAGUAGUGCACCUGAUGGUGGAAGCAGUAAUGCACCUGAUGGUGGAAACAACAACGCACCCGAUAGUGGAAACAGCAACGCACCCAAUGAUGGAAGCAGUAGUGCACCUGAUGGUGGAAACAACAACGCACCCGAUAGUGGAAGCAGCAGCGCACCCGAUAGUGGAAGCAGCAACGCACCCAAUGAUGGAAGCAGUAGUGCACCUGAUGGUGGAAACAACAACGUACCCGAUGGUGGUAGUAGCAGUGCGCCCAAUGAUGGAAGUGGCAGUGCGCCCAAUGAUGGAAGCAGUAAUGCACCUGAUGGUGGAAACAACAACGCACCCGAUAGUGGAAGCAGCAGCGCACCCGAUAGUGGAAGCAGCAACGCACCCAAUGAUGGAAGCAGUAGUGCACCUGAUGGUGGAAACAACAACGUACCCGAUGGUGGUAGUAGCAGUGCGCCCAAUGAUGGAAGUGGCAGUGCGCCCAAUGAUGGAAGCAGUAAUGCACCUGAUGGUGGAAACAACAGCGUACCCGAUAGUGGAAACAGCAAUGCACCCAAUGAUGGAAGCAGCAGCGCACCUGAUGGUGGAAACAACAGCGUACCCGAUAGUGGAAACAGCAAUGCACCCAAUGAUGGAAGCAGUAGUGCACCUGAUGGUGGAAACAACAACGCAUCCGAUAGUGGAAGCAGCAACGCACCCGAUAGUGGAAGCAGCAACGCACCCAAUGAUGGAAGCAGUAGUGCACCUGAUGGUGGAAACAACAACGUACCCGAUGGUGGUAGUAGCAGUGCGCCCAAUGAUGGAAGUGGCAGUGCGCCCAAUGAUGGAAGCAGUAAUGCACCUGAUGGUGGAAACAACAACGCACCCGAUGGUGGUAGUAGCAAUGCACCCAAUGAUGGAAGCAGCAGUGCGCCCAAUGAUGGAAGCAGUAGUGCACCUGAUGAUGGAAACAACAACGCACCCGAUAGUGGAAGCAGCAAUGCGCCCAAUGAUGGAAACAGCAGUGCGCCCAAUGAUGGAAGCAGUAGUGCACCUGAUGGUGGAAACAACAACGCACCCGAUAGUGGAAACAGCAAUGCACCCAAUGAUGGAAGCAGCAACGCACCCAAUGAUGGAAGCAGUAGUGCACCUGAUGGUGGAAACAACAACGUACCCGAUAGUGGAAACAGCAAUGCACCCAAUGAUGGAAGCAGCAGCGCACCUGAUGGUGGAAACAACAGCGUACCCGAUAGUGGAAACAGCAAUGCACCCAAUGAUGGAAGCAGUAGUGCACCUGAUGGUGGAAACAACAACGCACCCGAUGGUGGAAGCAACAGCAAACCUGAUGGUGGAAGCAGCAGUGCGCCCAAUGAUGGAAGCAGUAAUGCACCUGAUGGUGGAAACAACAACGCACCCGAUAGUGGAAGCAGCAACGCACCCAAUGAUGGAAGCAGUAGUGCACCUGAUGGUGGAAACAACAACGCACCCGAUAGUGGAAGCAGCAGCGCACCCGAUAGUGGAAGCAGCAACGCACCCAAUGAUGGAAGCAGUAGUGCACCUGAUGGUGGAAACAACAACGUACCCGAUGGUGGUAGUAGUAGUGCGCCCAAUGAUGGAAGCAGCAGUGCGCCCAAUGAUGGAAGCAGUAGUGCACCUGAUGGUGGAAACAACAACGCACCCGAUAGUGGAAGCAGCAGCGCACCCGAUAGUGGAAACAGCAACGCACCCAAUGAUGGAAGCAGUAGUGCACCUGAUGGUGGAAACAACAACGCACCCGAUAGUGGAAGCAGCAGCGCACCCAAUGAUGGAAGCAGCAGCGCGCCUGAUGGUGGAAACAACAACGCACCCGAUAGUGGAAACAGCAACGCACCCAAUGAUGGAAGCAGUAGCGCACCUGAUGGUGGAAACAACAACGUACCCGAUGGUGGUAGUAGUAGUGCGCCCAAUGAUGGAAGCAGUAGUGCACCUGAUGGUGGAAACAACAACGUACCCAAUGAUGGAAGCAGUAACGCACCUGAUGGUGGAAGCAUCAACGCACCCAAUGAUGGAAGCAGCAGCGCACCCGAUAGUGGAAACAGCAACGCACCCAAUGAUGGAAGCAGUAGCGCACCCAAUGGUGGAAGCAAUAGCGCAGCUGAUGAUGGAAGCAGCAAUACAUCCAAUGGUGAAAACAAUAGCACACUUGACAAUGGAAACAACACUACUCCCGGAAGCAACAGCAUACCUGGCGGUGCAAACAGCAAUACGCCCAACGAUGAAAGCAGCAGCACACCUACUAUUAAUAAUACCGAUAAUAGCAAUAAUACAGGCAAUAACAAAAAUGCAUAAAAAUUUAAUUAAGAUAUAAAAUAAUUAUUGAUUUAUCUAAACUACAACUUUCACAAAUAAUUCUGUAAAUACGUAGCAAUUAUCACAUAUAUAUUAUUGCAUACACAUAAAAUAUAUAAUGAUUACGUUAUGCUAUAUUUUAUGUAAUGCAUUAUUUAAUUGGUAUAAGAUAAUGUGUAUCUACGUAUAAAUGUAAUUAUACAAAUAAGAAUAAGUAUGCUUUAAAUUAAA